AUGCCCUCCGCCAUGCCUCCCCAGAACACAGAGGCUGACGCCAUGCAGGUCGGAUCUGUGGUGGGUGGGGUUAACGCCAAAAACUCCACGACAUCAGGCACGGAUGAGGAGAAAGGAGGAGCAGCAGGCGAGACGGAUGGAACGGGAAAUGGAGGAGCGGCAGGAGGAGGCCGAGCAGGCGAGGAAUUGGCGAGCGAGGGAUCGAUCGAAGGCAUCUCCGUGAAGAGAUGGGUGAUGCAUGGGGCGGUGAUGUUCGGCCGGGAGUUCUGCUACGCCAUGGAGACGGCACUGGUGACACCGGUGUUGCUGCAGAUAGGUCUUCCAGAGCAGUACUACAGUCUGACGUGGUUCCUCAGUCCAGUCCUCGGCCUCAUGUUCACCCCUCUGAUCGGCUCGGCCAGCGACCGCUGCACUCUGCGAUGGGGCAGGAGGAGGCCGUUCAUCCUGGCUCUCUGCAUAGGAACGCUGUUAGGAGUGGCUCUGUUUCUGAAUGGAUCGCUGAUUGGUUUGUCCAUGGGCGACGAGAAGGGGAAACAACCAAUAGGAAUUGUUCUCACUGUGCUUGGAGUGGUGGUGUUGGACUUUAGUGCGGAUGCAACAGAAGGACCAAUCAGAGCGUACCUUCUAGACGUGGCAGACACCGAGGAACAAGACAUGGCACUCAACAUCCACGCCGCCUCAGCAGGCCUCGGCGGUGCGGUCGGCUACGCUCUCGGAGGUUUAGACUGGACGCACACCUUCCUUGGAGCAAUCUUCAAGUCCCAGGAGCAGAUCUUGUUCUUCUUCGCUGCCGUCCUUUUCUCUAUCUCUGUGGUGUUGCAUCUCUUCAGUAUCGAGGAGCAGCAGUACUCGCCCCAACACGACAAGCUGGACCAGGAGAGUCCAGAUCGCACCAACUUGCAACCGUCGGCCAAUGGCAGGACCGGACUUCUCGCCCCCAAGCUGGAAUUGAUUGGAGAGGAUGAAACAAUGGACAGCUACGACCUCUAUGACCCCUACGAAGACGACCAGUCAGAGCGAGGGGAUAUGGACAUGGACUUCCUGGAGGUGGAGCUUGUGAGAAGUAAAAGUGACAGCGUUCUCGCCAUGGCGGACGCCACUCUGGACCACAUGGACCACGAUGCGUUGUUCCUGUGCCACCUCGAGCCGUCCAUCUUCGCUGACCGCCUCUCACCCUAUCACGGCUCACCUCCUACGACCUCCUUCUUCAACCCCAAUCGUAGCACCCCGCCACCCCGGUUCGGCAACAUCCGACGCAGCAGCAGCGCGGGAAGUCAAGACCUGCUCCGCCUCCAAACCAACAACCACCAGGCACACGGCCCCAUCCCAAAGAUUUCCCGCCUCUCGGCUUUCUUACAGGAAAUGGAGAACGACGACGGUCAAGAAGCGCUGCUGAACAACCAGCUCAAUGAACAGCGGACGCUGAAUGGGCGGCUGUUAGCCAGCGUGACCAAUGCUGAUAGAGUUAGUAACAACAGGCUGAGCUCUAAAGGACAGGCACAUCGCGCUGGAAUGGUCAAAGCUGCAAGUACUGGAGCCCCCAUGCGACAGUCACGCUACCGUCACACCUUCUACCGCCAGCCGUCCUGCACAUUCUCCUACUACGGUCGAGUUGGGAGCCACCGCUACCGCUACCGCCGGGCCAACGCCGCUUUUCUCAUAAAGCCGUCUCGCAGCAUGAACGACCUGUACGAAGUGGAGGCCAGACACAGGCGGAGGAGCAAACAGAGAAACAGGCACCGCAGUGGAAACACUAACUCUUCCAGUGGAGAUACAGAGAGCGAAGAGGGAGAGGUUGAGACCACCGUGCGGCUGCUGUGGCUCUCCAUGCUCAAGAUGCCUCCGGAGCUGCUGCGACUGUGCGCCUGUCACCUGCUCACCUGGUUCUCCAUCAUUGCCGAGGCUGUCUUCUUCACGGACUUCAUGGGACAAGUCAUCUUCCAUGGAGAUCCUACCGCUCCUGCUAACUCUACUUUGUUGGAAAAUUAUCACAGAGGAGUUCAGAUGGGAUGUUGGGGACUGGUCAUAUAUGCCAUGACUGCUGCUACAUGCUCAGCCAUACUUCAGAAGUACCUCGACAACUUUGACCUGAGCAUUAAGGUCAUCUACAUCCUGGGGACACUUGCAUUUUCCAUCGGAACCGCUGUCAUGGCAAUCUUUCCUAAUGUGUACGUUGCCAUGGUGAUGAUCAGCAGCAUGGGCAUCAUCUCCAUGAGUAUCUCCUAUUGCCCUUAUGCUCUGCUGGGGCAGUAUCACGAAAUAAAAGAGUACAUCCAGCACAGUCCUGGUAACUCCCGGAGAGGCUUUGGCAUCGACUGCGCUAUCUUAUCUUGCCAGGUGUACAUCAGUCAGAUCUUGGUGGCUUCAGCUCUGGGCGCUGUAGUGGAAGCUGUCGGCAGUGUCCGUGUCAUUCCCAUGGUGGCCUCUGGGGGCUCCCUUCUUGGAUUCUUCACCGCUUGCUUCCUGGUCAUUUACCCAACUCCAAACAGCCGGGAGGGGGAUUCAGCCAAAGCUUCGGAGAAACGGGCCUUGACAACGCUGGAAAAUCCCAAUAGCAACGAAGUGGCUGUUGCCGUGGCAAUAGAGAAACCAAGCUUCCUGAAACUCAACAAGGAGGGCAAGGCCACCACCACCACCACUUCCUGUCACACGGAGAACGAGUCUGCUCUGUGAUUGGCCGGCCAAGUGGACAGACGCUUUGCUGCAGAAACGACUAAAUUCACUUUUAAAAUGGAAACACUUUAAGAUGUGCCGCCGUCCUCAUCGUGCUGGCGUGAGUUUGUUCCACUCUCGGCGUCCGUUCCUGCUUUGACGGGCUUUUUUUUCUGAUUCAGUUGCUAAAGAAAACGACUCAAUCUGCCGUGGGACCAGUGUUACACCAGACCAACUUACCGUACACACAUAAAAAACCCAUUCUGGUCCCAGUGCUGUUUCAGCCAUCACCGAAAUUCCUUCCACUUAACCCUCACGGACAUUUGAGUGAUCCGACAGGGUCGUCCACAAGUGAGAAAUUCAUUGCUCAUGGUUUUAAGGAGAAGGUUGUCUCUGUCUCUCAGGGCCUCUAGGAGGUGCUACUGAGCAGCUGCCUGGACAGGAAACUUCAGGGGACUCACACGCAUACAUACACGCACACAAACCUCUUCAUCCGAGGUCAACGCAAUCGAAUGAACAACUGAAAUAAUGAACGAUGAACAUUUGUCCUCGAAGCUGCAAAUCAUUCAAAAAUGCUGAAAAUUAUUCUUCCUCGCUGUGGAAUCGGCUUGAUCGAAUCUUUGCUCCGUGGUGUGGAAAGCUGAUGGAUGAGAUUGUGUGUGUCUGUUGACUUCUACAGCGGAGGCAUCAUGUUCACCAAAAUAAACCCAACGACAUACUCAACUUUGUGGGACUUUUUACAGCACUCACGCGACAGUAGCUUUAAGACUCUGGAGACUUUUGGAAAUGUCUAAAACUAAGAGCCCGAAGCCUGGUUCCUGGGGGAAAACGAUUGAUACUGAGUGCCCAAAAUGAUUGCAAGUGUUUUUUUUUUUUGGAUUCAGCCUUCACUCCAGGGCAAACUUGACAAUAUUUAAGAGCAUGAGCAUAAAGUUGCCUGUAUAUUGAGACUCAAAAAAUACAGAUUUGUAUCGAGUGAAAUUCCAGGAAAGAAGGAGCAUAGAUGCAAUAUGCGAGUAUACAGGGCAUUAAAAUCCCAAAUAUUAUUUUCAUGAUUUAUUGAGGGCCCAGAAUGAUGCUUGUGUUUGUUUUGAAUAAUCAGACUAACCUACAUGCUGCAUGUUAGAGGAGCAGAGAAGAGAGAAACCAAACCGCAGAGAAAAGAGAUGUGGAGUUGUUAUCCUUCUCUCUACUUUCUUGCGCAAUUUGUUGUUGUUGUUUUUUUAGAAAAUGCUAUUAGCACGUUGUCACUAACUGCACAUUAGCUGAGCCAUUGUUGAUAGUUAAAUAGCAUUAGGUUAGAAAAGCGUUGAAGUCCUCUUUGAGUGUGUUGGAUUCGUUCGUAUUAGGACACCAGCAAGACGGGGCUUCUGCUCCAGUGGAUCCAGUAACUGUACCAGUAAUUGUCAGAGAAUGGGAACCAAGAAUAUUAGAAUGGAGCCUGCAUAUAUUGGAAGAGAAGUUAUAGAGAAGUAAGCAUCGUGUUUCCAGGGCUUAUAUAAUGUAAGAGAGGCAAAAAUGAAUCCUGCUAGUGUUGAGUGUUGGAAGCCCGUAAUAUCAGGUUUAGGCUCGUUACUUGAGCCUCGAUGGAGGAUGUACGUUCCUGGUUUAAGUGUCUUAGUCAUUACAUCUGUGUGUUGAAUGGAUGUUUAGAAGAGGAGAGAGGGAUGAGUAGUGGGAUGAAAGGAGGACUGGAGAAAUGUUUUUUCUUAAAAAAAACUAAACAAUUUGGGAAAUGCUUUUUUGGGUUUGGUGCUUAGAGAUGUACGGUUAUACGAGAAUACUGACACCACUCUCACGGUUAUCUUAUGUUAGCAUAUAGACUGGAAACAGUUGGAUGUGGGGGAGGAAUGUGUUACAUUUGGCUUCUUUUGGCCAGGCUAGCUGUUUUCUGUCUUUAUGUUAAGCUACCCUAAGCUAUGCUAAGCUAAACACCUCUGGGCAAGAAAGCAAAUAAGCAUAUUUUCCAAAAUGUCACAACUUUGAAUUGUUCUAAAUUUGGAAAUGCAUGUCUUAAUAUUACAGUUUGACAUUUUUCAAGAGUCCCUGCAGACCCAACAAUCUAAAAUUUUCAUUUCCAGUCAUGAAAACUACAACUUCACUGAUAGUUGACUUGACAAAAUCUAACUUUACCCUCUGAAAAAACUGCAAAAUAUCAACAAUAAUCGACCAAAUUACAAAAAAAGUUUACCACCCAAAGCCAGCUUGCCCAUGACCAGAAUAUAUUACGUCAUUAUUACAUUAAAGUGGUGUAAGACAUGCCUCUGAUGCUCCAAUUUAACAAAAUUGCUUUUGCAAAAUGGCUGCAUCUGCUGUUUGAUAAGGGGCAAGCGGUGGCGGUGUGAAGGUGGAUGAGGAGGUAAAACUGUUGAGUUUAGAUUUACGUUGACCCUGUUUAACAUUCACACGCACUAAUGAGACUAAUCCGAAAAAUAUAUAAUCAAAAACAAACGACGGGAUACAUGCAAGUUGUAUAAAUUAAAACUUAACUCUUAUUAAUGCUGAUUGAUAUUGAAUAUAGAUCAAAUAAUCUUAAUCUUUGGAAUGUUUUCGAUAGCUUGACAAUGUAAAAAACAUCUUGUAGUUAGACAAAAUGAAAGAUUUUACUGUGUCGUUCGAUUUCUGACAAAUCAGAACUUUUGUUGCAAUAACGGCCUCCGUUAAUCACCCGAGGGGAAGAGGACUGUGCGAGAAUCGAGAACAGGGUUGUUUGCGGUGAUGAAACAAAAACUCCGGGUGUUUUUUUUUCUUUCCUGUCAGGGGAAAAAGGUUGUGGAUUGGUUUUCCUUUCAGCUCAAUCAGCUGAAACAUGCAAAUUGAAAGGAAUCGAAAUGUAAAAUUGCAGUGCGUUAAUUUAGUAAUGAAAGAAUGUUUUAUUUUUAGAGUGUAUUAAAAGCAUUUAGUGAAGAAACUUAUUUUUAAUCGUUUUUUAGAAGAGAAUUCACUCACUGGUGAUGUGUUUUUUUUGUUUGUUUUUUUCACUUGGAGAUGGGUGCCCUGUCUUUUUAACAAAAUAGAUUCCUUCCAUAACUUCAGGUACAUUCAGUCAGUCCCAGAGCAGCAGAGAGAGAGAGGGAGAGGGAGAGAGAGAGAGAAUUUUGCUUCCUGUGAUUCUGGGACAAAAAAAAAAGAAGCAGGGACGAUGACUAAAGAUGGAGAGGUACAGAUGCCAGAGUUUUUGAAUGGCUUCUGUAACCACUAGGGCAAUAACAUAUUCUGGAUAAAAAUGGACACUUAACUUCAGUUUAAGGACAAACAUGAAGCUUAAAAAAAAACUUUGGGUUUGGGAGGUUUGCAUGCGACAACAGCAAUAUGCAUGUGUGGAACACCAAAGUAUGACUCUGUACAAAUCACUCAAGCUCUUUUUCUUUAUUGUCCUAAUAGGUCAGGGAUGUAUUUUCUAAUGCAUGGCUGGAUGUUUGUGUCUUUUUGUUUGAACCUAAAUGUGUUGAAAAAACUACAAAAUCAACAUGUACUCUUUAAGCUGAAGCAUUGUGCUCGGUCUGGGUCAGUACACUCUUAACAAGCAUGUGACUUUUUUUUAAAACUUUUUUUUUGCACAUUUACAAGUAAAGUUUCAGACAGCACACAUCUUGUUGCUUUUUCAACACGACAUACAGGUGGUGGAUGGAAGGUGUUGGGGAAAAAACAAGAUGCGUGUCAUCCCUAGAGACACUCCUUGUUAAAAGUGUAGGCGAGAAAACUCCAGGCCGCGAAUACUUGAAGUGCAACUUGAGUGUUUCUGUCUCAAUGCCGUGGGAAGUCUUUUGAUUUUGGGGGGUUUUACGUUCUUAAUGUCCCAAGCCUUUUUACAGCAGACUCUGGAAUGUUCAGACAGCAGCUCGGCCUGCUGGGAAGUUGAGUUCUUACCUUUGAUUCCAUCUUGUGACUUAAAUGUUUAAAAAAAAAAAAGAAAGAAAAGUCAAUGAAUGUGAAGUGAUUUCAGCCGAAAUCAUUUUUGUUUCGAUGUUCAGCAAGCUGGGGUGGGGGAGGGUUUCGGAUGGGGGGGUCUGACAUUGCACAGAACUUGCACAUAAGUUAAAAAAAAAAAAACCUAAAAAAAAAAAACAGUAGAAGUUUGUUGCAAAAGGAAGAGAGACAAUAACUGUGGAUAUUUAUUUUUUUUAGAUUUCUUGUCUAUAAAGGACACUUUUCACUUAGUUCCAAAAGAAAACAUUAAAACUAUUAUAUUUGCUGUUACAAGAGAUGUUACAGAAGUGGACUGGAUUGUAUGUAUGUGUGUGUAUGUGAGAGAAAGAGAGAGAGAGAAGUCGUCUCACAGCUGCUCACAUGUAAAGCAAAAAGGCAAGAGUGUGUUACAAAAUGUCAUCUCAGUGUUUGUUUUUUGGUUCUUGUUCUCUGUUCUUUGCAAUCACCUGGUUUACACUUAACUCUGGAAUCAAUGGCUGCAAUACCAGAGGUUAUUUACGAGUCUUUACUGUUCUGGUGUUUUAACUCAACUAGAAAAUGUCUUUUUUUGUGUGUGUACCUAGGCAGAGCCACACAUGAGAGUUUGGCCUUUGCACUUUUUCAGUGGCAGCCAUGUUGGCUCCACCGUCCUAAACAUUGGGGUGAAUGUGGCGACGUGGUGAUGCUGUUUCAUGUUUCCAGCCAGCAGCUGUCAGUGGCAGCAGCGUGGCGGCCAUGCAGUUAGUCCAACCUGGCCAGACUCGGUGUGUGUGUGUGCGUGUGUGUGUGGCUCUACCUAUAAGUAAACUGUGUGUUAAUGACGGAGGAGAGAAAUGCCUAUAUACUUUGAUCUUUAUAGAGAUUAAAUCAAGAAGAAUACUUAAAGAAUGGGAAAGCAAGUAUGCGCAGUGUACUAUAUAUAAUAUGCCUUGUUAUUUGAAAAAAAAAGAUGUAAAUAUACGUAUUUCUCUUUUAGUUUCUUCUUUUUUGCUGCUAUAAAAAAGAUGAUUAUUUUUGUUAGUAGUUUUGUUUUCUAUAUAAAGACUGUAUAUAUCUCUAUGUUCUGUAAAUAUGCUUGAGCCUUCAUAUGUAGGACUCUGGAUAAACACUGUAUGGAACGCACCCUUAAAAUCUGUUCAGAAGUAAA